AUGUCGACCGAUGAUUUGCGACUGCUUGGCAAGCAGGAGCGUGUGAUACGAUGUGCGGUGAUAAAUAUAAAAGAUUUUGUGGAAUCAUGUGAUGUGGAAUUAAAUGUUCGUUCUUUAGAAAUGAGUCUACAGCAGCUAGAUGAGUUGAGGCCAAAGUUCAUUGACCUUAGAAUGCGAACCGAAGUACUUUUGGAUGCAGCUGCGGAUGAUUUUGAAGAGCUCUCCCAAUCAAGUCGUGACGAGGAGUAUACUCGGGUUAUAAUGGAGUUCGAAAAAACUGUGCUUGCAUUAAAAAAUCAAAUUUUUUCGAAAAUUCAAUCCCUAGGUGCAGUUGCUUCAAAGAUUGAGCCAGCUAAUAUUUCCCAUCAUUCAAAAGUGAAACUCCCAGAGCUCAAACUGCCUACAUUUAGCGGACGAAUAGCAGAAUGGAUCACCUUCAGGGACACCUACAAGAAUCUUAUCCACAACGACGUGGGUUUAUCAGAUAUUGAUAAAUUCACGUAUCUUCGGACGAGUCUUACCGGAGAUGCGUUGCAAGAAAUAGCAUCGAUUGAGAUUUCGUCUGCAAACUAUGCGAUAGCCUGGGCAGCCUUGGAAAGUGUGUUCGAGAAUAAGAAGCUUCUGGUUAUGACACAUUUAGAUUCUCUUUUUGCUUUGGAACCACUUCGUCAUGAGAAUUUCGACUCCCUCAACAAGCUGGUAAACGGUUUCGAACAAAGCCUCCAAAUGCUUAAGAAAAUUGGAGAAGAAGUUGAAGGAUGGAGCACUUUGCUUCAAUAUAUGCUGUACAAACGACUACAUCCUAGCACCACUCGUCUAUGGGAAUCGCAUUUUAACUCAAAAGAGGUUCCGAAAUAUUCUGAAAUGAUCGCUUUUCUUAAGAGUCACUGCAUCGUUCUUCAAUCUGUUGCUCCAGUUCGAUCGACUCAGCCUGAAACAAGGAAAUUUCGCACAUCAUCCAGCUACACAGGACUUCAACCAACCACCAACUGUCCAUUCUGCAAGGAAUCAGCCCAUUCUGCAUUCAAGUGUUCCAGAUUUUCGAAGAUGUCCAUCGGCGAACGAGUGGAAGCUGUUAAACGUAAUUCGCUGUGCUUUAACUGCCUCUCACCUCAACACAUAGCUCGUUCUUGCACUCGAGGGAAGUGCCAACAUUGUGGACAACACCACCACUCGUUGUUACAUGCAAACUCAUCGACCACCGCGAAUCAAUAUUCGAAGUCAACAACUAAAGUUUUCACCAAAUUCAACCAACCUCAAAACCUUAAGUCGCAAACCCAACCAAACCAAUCGAAUCAAACACAGACUGGCUCCUCAACAAAUCAGCCCACACAAAUUCGCCCAAUUCCCACACCUCCUCAAAAUGCAAGUUCCAUUCAAUCACUAAAUCCCGCCACAGACAUUCCCAGUACAAGCUAUCCCACAUUUUCUACGAAACAUUGCACCCCACACAAUGUACUUUUAUCCACGGCUGUUGUACGCGUUGCUGACCAAUUCGGAAAAAUCACGCUAGCUAGAGCGCUUCUGGAUUCCGGCUCUCAACGCUGCUACAUGUCGGAAAAACUUUCUCAAAUGCUGCAAUUUAGAAGAAGCCGUGAAAAUUUAUCUAUUUCCGGCAUUGGUGGUUCACGGUCCUCCUCAACUCAAGUUGUAUUUGCUGAAAUCAGUUCACGCAUGUCAGAUUUCUCCAGGUUGUUAAAAUUUCACGUUUUGCCUCAAGUCGCUGUCAACCUUCCCGCAAAAACCAUUGAUAUUUGCAAGUGGAAUUUGCCUGUUGAGAUUCAGUUAGCUGAUCCCACCUUCAAUGAGUCGCAAGCAAUUGAUAUGAUCAUCGGUGCCGAGAUAUUUUUUGAUUUGCUGGUUCGAGAUGAUCAGAUGAAGCUAGGAGAGCAUGGUCCAACCCUUCAAAACACAUAUCUUGGUUGGAUAAUCGCUGGUGGUAUUCCAGAAGAAGCAGUUUGUCUGCUGAACGUUCCUUCAGAUGCCAUAAAUAGAAUUGAAGUCGAACUUGCACGUUUUUUCGAAUUGGAAUCAUGUCGCACCAAUAGCACACUUUCGUUAGAAGAGUCAGCAUGUGAGACGCAUUUUGUUAAAACGACAACGCGUGGAAAGAACGGAAGAUUCGUCGUUCAACUCCCCAAAAAACCGUUCAUGAUCAAUCGACUAGGAGAGUCCAAGGCAAGGGCACUGAGAAGAUUCGGAGCACUAGAGCGACGACUUAGUUCUGAUCCAGUCCUGAAGCAACUCUACACGGAUUUCAUCGAUGAAUAUUUGCGACUGAAUCACAUGCGGAAACUGUCUCCAGUCGAAGAAGAUGACGCGUCAACUGUUGCGUACUAUUUACCACACCAACCUGUAUUAAAGCCUGAUAGCACGACGACUAAGCUUCGCGUAGUUUUCGACGCCUCGGCAGCGACAAGUAGCGGUGUUUCUCUGAACGAGACUUUGAUGGUUGGUCCGACUGUCCAGGAAGACCUUUUCUCGAUUAUGCUGCGUUUUCGUCUUCGGAAAUAUGCCAUAACAGGUGACAUCGAGAAAAUGUAUCGCAUGAUCGACGUCGACCCUAUCGAUCAUAAUCUUCAGCGCAUUUUUUGGAGAAGUAGCAUAACUGAACCCAUUCGAACUUUCGUCCUAACCACGGUUACGUAUGGUACGUCGCCGGCACCUUAUUUGGCCACUCGCUGUCUUAAAAUGCUUGCCGAUGAAAACGAAUCCACGUAUCCUCAUGCAUCUGACGCCAUUCAUCACAAUUUUUACGUCGACGAUGCAUUGCUCAGCGUCGACAGUCUUGAGACAGGAAACAAGACCAUAGGUGAACUUAUAGCUCUUUUGGGAUCUGCCGGAAUGAAUCUGCGUAAGAUCAGCUCCAAUUGUGUGGAAAUCCUCGAUUCCGUUCCACCCUACCUUCGAGAUGAACGCCUUUCGCAGCAGUUCCAGGGUUCAGGUAGCGUCAAAACUUUAGGCCUCACUUGGCAGCCUCGCCCAGACAUCUUUCGCUUCGUCGUUCCUCAAUGGAAUAAUUCUUCUGAGAUGAACAAGAGAACCAUUUUGUCUGACUUCGCAAAACUCUUCGAUCCUCUUGGCCUGGUUGGCCCCGUAAUCGUCCAGGCUAAGAUAUUUCUCCAGGAUCUUUGGAAAUCAAAGCUUUCCUGGGAAGAAAUCCUCCCCGAAGAGUCAACAAAUUGGUGGCUGACUUAUCGACGCAACUUAGAGGAAUUAGCACAUCUUGAAGUGCCGCGAUGGGUAGCUUUUGGCAGAGAUACGAUAUCCGUGGAGUUGCAUUCUUUUUGUGACGCAUCAGAAAAAGCGUACGGCGCUUGCAUCUAUUUGAGGUGCACAUCUUUCAGUGGAGAAGUUACUGUUUCGUUGUUGACGGCUAAAUCUCGUGUUGCUCCGCUGGAUGACCUUAAAAGGAAGCGCAAAAAGACCACCAUACCCAGGCUAGAAUUGUCCUCGGCCCUGACGUGUGCCCAUUUGUUCGAGAAGGUUAACCAAAGCAUCAAAAUAACCAGCCAACAUUUCUUUUGGACUGACUCGAUGAUUGUUAAAUGUUGGCUAUCAUCUCCACCAUCCCGAUGGGACACCUUUGUGGCCAACAGGGUCUCAGAAAUCCAGCACACCACACGGUCUGGCAUUUGGAACCACGUCGCUGGCUGCGAGAACCCCGCAGAUGUUUUAUCCCGAGGAGCUACCCCUGAACAGCUUUCGUCGAACCAAGGCUGGUGGCAAGGCCCGCCAUGGUUGCAAUUAGAUCGGAGUAGCUGGCCAAAAUCUACUCAGUUUGCACCCGAAGAUUUCGACACCACAUUGCUGGAAGAACGAACAGUUUCGACACCCGCUCAAAUCGUCGAGCCAAACCCAAUAUUUGCUUUGCGUGAAUCUUUAUCAGACUUGAUCAGGAUAACAGCGCUCAUGCUACGAUACGUGCACAACUUAAGAAACCGUGAAAAUCAUCGUACAGGUUUCCUGAGCUUUCAAGAACGAGAAGAGGCCCUUUUGAAAUUGGUUAGUCUGGCUCAACAAGAAAGUUAUCCUGAAGAAAUUGAAGAGCUGAAGAAAAGCGGAUCCGUCAAAUCUUCGUCGAAAAUUAAGAAUCUUACCCCUCGAUUAAGCAACGGACUUCUUGUCGUCGGUGGCCGGCUCAGAAAUGCUGAACUUUCUGUCGGUCGCAAACAUCCCUUAAUUCUAAGUAAUCAUCAUCCGUUGACGGAAACCAUCGUCGCCUUCUAUCACCUCAAAUAUCUCCACGCUGGGCAAGAGUUAGUGAUAUCAAGCCUCCGAGAAAGAUUCUGGCCUGUCCAGGUGAGAAAUUUAGUUCGUCGAGUUAUCCACAGAUGCGUCAAAUGCUACAGAGUGAAGCCGAAAGUUCAUGAGCAGCUGAUGGGAGAUUUGCCCCCUGAACGUGUCGUCGAGGCCCCUGUGUUCCAGCGUGUUGGCGUGGACUAUUGUGGCCCAUUCAGCAUUCAAUACCCACAACGGAAAGCUCGCCCUGUAAAAUGCUUCCUUGCUGUGUUCGUUUGCCUCGUUGUGAAAGCAGUUCACUUAGAGAUUGUUGGUGAUCUCACGUCGAACGCCUUUAUCGCUGCUUUAAGAAGGUUCGUCGGUCGUCGUGGUAGGCCUGAGAUCAUCAUGUGCGAUAACGCCACAAAUUUCCGAGGUGCCCGACGCGAGUUAGAUGAGUUGCGCGUUCUUUUCAACACCCAAGAGUUUGCUCAGAAUGUCGCUAAAGAAGCUGCAGCAGAUAACAUAAACUUCAAGUUCAUUCCUCGUAGAACUCCCAACUUUGGUGGCCUGUGGGAGUCCGCCGUCAAGUCGGUCAAGGCACAUCUGAAGCGUACAAUUGGCAUAACAAUUUUGAAGUUCGACGAAUUCUUCACGCUAGUUGUACAAAUCGAGGCUUGUCUAAAUUCACGCCCACUCACACCGCUAUCAAGUGACCCUGAAGAUUUUUCUGCCCUCACACCCGGCCAUUUCAUCACUGCUAGGCCACUCAUGGCCUUACCCGAGCCAUCCCUUGGCCAUCUAAACGAAACAACCCUCUCGAGAUGGCAACGUGUGCAAAACUUCUUGCAACAUAUUUGGAGCAGAUGGUCCAAGGAAUAUCUAGCCAAUCUGCAAACUCGCAAUAAAUGGAGCAAACAGCGAGACAAUCUGGUCGUCGGAACGAUGGUUUUGCUGCGAGAGGACAACGUACCUCCCCUGAAGUGGCUCAUUGGCAGAGUCAAAAUGGUUUACUUUGGAAACGACGGUAACGUACGAGUUGUCAAGGUCCAGACACAGAACGGAGAAUUCACCAGAGGCAUCGCGAAGAUUUGUAUUCUUCCAAUCUCCGACAACGUACCACCCCCACAAUCUACACGAUCAUCAGCUGAUGUGGAGGAUACAUCGCCAAAUACAGUCCACAAGGGUUCGGAUCUGCAUCAUACAAGUCAUCACCACCAUCAUCAUAUAAUCACCAAAGGUCGUCACACAGUCACCAUCCGUUUCCGUCGAUCGAGGGUCAAUCCAACAACGUGGGUCCAUUUCGCCAACUGCCAGCAUGGAGAGGAAAUGCUAAUUUUGAGAAAUCCGCCACAUUUUCACCGAUGUCAUCGUUAUCCGAUGGCCAACGAAGGCGCAGGGUGCGCCCGCGGAGGCGGACCGCCUCCGCGGUUCAGGGAAGUCGUUUUUUUAUUCUCUGGUCCCUCACCCCCCGACGCUGGCGGCGUGAGCAAGGCGGACGGCCUGUGCAAUCGUCGAUCAUCCCCAGGAUCCAACCGAGUCCACGAGCGAGGAAAAGGCGAAGGACGAGAGGAGGAAACCCUGACCACGAAGAAGGUGAACCCAGGCGCUAGAAGGUCCACGAACGUCAUCCGACGUUGGGUACCAUCAGAAGUUGGAAACACUCAAUUUGCGGUCCGCAAUUCGAGUCAGAUCAACGGAGAAGCCGAAAAAGU